AUGGAGUCACAAGAUCAUAAAACAUCUCUUAUUGAACUUGAGGAACAACUUCGAUCUUUGACAGAGGAAAAUCUGCAGCUGCGUGACACAAAUGAGCGCCUUUUCACCAAAGUGGGCUACCUGGAGAGCAGACUGGGCCACCUGGCUAGAUCCAAGACUGACCUGUCCUCCAGACUGGUCCAGAGUGAAGAGCAGAAACUGAAGAUUUCAAAGGAACUGGUGGAGGUAAAAAUUGAGUCGAACAAGAUGAGAGAGCAGUUUGAGGAGGAGACCUUUGAGCUGAAAAACAAGAUCCUGAACCAAGAUGGUGUGAUAACAGAGCUUGAGAUGGAGCGGGACAAACUGCGCAGGGAGCUGGAGUCAGCUGUGGCUCGUCUCCAUGUGGGUGAGAAGACUGGCGUGGACAUGACAGAGGAGCAUGUCACCCUGAAGAGGAACUACCUGGCUCUGGCCGAGGCUCACGAGAGAGAGGUGGCCCAGAGUGAGCAGCUGGGCGCUGAGCUGCUGAGCCUGGCCCAGGCCCAGGACGUCCUGCGCAGGCAGCUGGACGAGCAGCAGCAGAGUGUGGCAGCCUCCACGCAGGGCCUACAUGGGGAGCUGGACCGAGUGAGGGCCCUCAUCAGCCGCAUGUCCCACAGCAGAGUCAAGCCUGAGGAUCUGGCAGUGUUGGACAAAGAGCAGAAAACUAUGGAGAGAAGUCUGCUUGGAAACCAAGAUGAGAUCAGGGACAUGCUGGAGAAGAUGAAGAACAGCUACGAGGAGCAGCAGAAGAGACUGGAGGAGCGAGUGGUGGCUAUGGGGAAGGAGCAGCAGGAGAACAACAGAGCGAUCCAUCAGAGCCAGCAGAAGCUCUCUGAGCAGAGCGCGGCCCUGCUGUGCUCGCAGAGCCAAGUGAAGGAGCUGGAGGAGGAAAACUCCAAGCUGCAGCUGCAAGUCAAAGAGCUGAGUGAGGAAUACCGGGCAAGGCUGGUGUGCUACUUACAGGACUUAGCUGAGUGCAUUGAUGGACGUGGACGAAGUGGGAAGGAAAAGGGCCCUUUGGCGGCAGGGGGGAUGAGGGCGUUUGUGGACAGCAUGCUCCAGGAUGUGCGCUCGUCCUACAGGGCCCGAGAGGAGCAGCUCGCCUCCGCCACUCGCUCCUACAAGAAGAGACUCCAGAGAACCACCAGAACUCAUCACGCCCUCCUCAUUGCAUACAGGGUUCAGAGGGAGCAGAUCUUGUCCAAACCGGACAGCGGUCUGGAUCCUGGACUCCCAGAAGGCCACUUCAGCCUGGACCCCAUUGAGCAGAGGGGUGAGGCAGACAGGGAGCUGCAGCGCCUUCGCCAGGACAAGGCGAGGCUGGAGGGCGAGCUGACAGCAGCCCGGGAGCAGGUGGCUCUUCACAAAAUGCCCAUUCAAACUCGCACCAAUCAGGAGCCUGCAAAAUCAGGGCAGAUAUCUGAGGAAUCGUGGCUGGACAUAAGGAAACAGCUGAGGGAGAUCACAACCUCUGCUCUGGAAGGCUCUGAGAAGGAGCGAGCCGUGCUCCUCAGCAGGGCAGCAGUGGCGGAGGCCCAGGUGUCUGAGCUGCAGGACUACGUCGACAACCACCUGAGCAGGUAUAAAGUGGAGAUCACACGUCUGCGCAGACUGCAGGGGCUGGAGGAGCCGGGCCGCUCCCAAAGCGCUGAAGCCUCUGUUCCCUUGUAA